AAAUAGAACGGGCUGGAUUUUGUCCUGUGCUCAAAAUUUCCCCCAAAACUUUUCUUCUUGCCGAGGAAGGCAGCACGAGCGAGCGAAGCGUGCGCUGCAAUGGCGGACUCGUCGGCGCCGACGCGGGUGAUGAUGGCGGUGAACGAGUCGUCGCUCAAGGGGUAUCCGCACGCCUCCAUCAGCUGCCGCGCCGCCUUCGACUGGACGCUCUCCAAGCUCGUCCGCUCCAACCCCGGGGGCUUCCACUUCCUCUUCCUCCACGUCCAGGUCCCCGACGAGGAUGGAUUUGAUGACAUGGAUAGCAUCUAUGCAUCACCGGCGGACUUCCACCAAAUGAAGCAGAGGGACAAGAUAAGAGGGCUUCACUUGCUUGAGUUCUUUGUAAACCAAUGCCAUCAAGUAGGGAUAAAAUGCGAGGCAUGGAUUAGACAUGGGGAUCCAAAGGAGGUUAUCUGCAGCGAAGUGAAGAGAGUCCAGCCUGAUCUUCUAGUUGUGGGAAGUAGGGGCCUUGGGCCAUUUCAGAGGGUUUUCGUGGGCACAGUGAGCGAGUUCUGCGUUAAGCAUGCUGACUGCCCUGUCAUCACCAUCAAACGGAAGGCUAAUGAAGCUCCUCAGGACCCUGUCGACGAUUGAUGCUUUCAAUUCAACACCACUUGAGAAUGAGAUAUUCUUCACUGCUUAAUGGGUUAAUGUACAAAAUACAAUAUGGAGUGCCUGGAACUAGUAGUACAAGCUUUGCACACACCGCCCCGAAACUAGAGUGAAGAUGAACACGCUAUUGCCCAGGGACGACGAGAGAUCGUAUCAUAUGCGAUACACCAAUCGAGUUGUGAACCUAAGCUUCUUAUAUGAUCAUGUACUAGGCUUUGCAGGAAUGAAUACACCGCCCCUUAUUUGCC